UUAAUAUCCCUAAAAAUGUCGAACGAGAACUACGAGGAAUUUGACAUAUUCCAGAGAAGGUCUUUCUACAAAGACUCUAAAAUACAAUCAAUGGGUGAAGAAGACAUCUUCUGUGACAUUAAGAUGGAGAAAAGAUUCCGGAAGCUGAGCUGAGCCGAUGAGAAGGAUUUCAAGGGAACAAUGAAGUCCUUUAUCAUACCUCCCAGAUUUCCAGAACCCCUAGAGUUGCCUCCACCAAUCAGUGAGGUUGCUCAAGAUGGAAGCAUUAAUGAACCAGAAGAGAACCUGGACAUUGAGCUAGAUGAAGAAAUUGCCAAAUUUGAAGAAGAAUUAAGAGAGCUCAAAAUUAUUAAGCACAGAGUUUCAAAUUCUGAUUUAUGCCCACAAGAUGCAUUCUCUGGCAAGAAAGUGAAAUCAGACCAAGAUCAGUCUAAGCUGUUCAAGCGGGAUGCGGCUAAAUCUCAUGGAAGAUUACCUGACCCAGUUCCUUUUCAGCUAGGAAUAUUCGAUAAAAUCAAGGCUGAACACAGCAGCCAGAUCCAUCUUGAGGGAGAAGAACUUGACCCUGUGACACUUGAAGGUUUCUAACAAGAUUAUUGAUAUGGCCCAAUCUAAUUUUUUUUAAUU